GAAUUUUGUAACCAAAACAACUACUUUCGUUAACAUAAUCAGGCAUUUCUUGCCAAAAUGAGAACUUCUGUUUCUUCCAUUAUCAACCUGGGUCUUUUGACUCUGGUUGCCGCUCAAAGCUCGAAUUCCGUUGCUACAUCUUGCGUCUCCUCCUACCAACUGUGUUUGAAUAACGGCGGAGCCGACAAUACAUGCCAAUCCGACAACGCAAAGUGCAAAAAUGUAUGCGCCGAUAACUAUGGAUCGUGCCUUUCGUCGUCGUCAGAUACAUCAUCAUGCAUGAAAACCUAUAAUCUUUGCUUGGACGACUUCACCAUAUUCACCACACCAGAAGAUUCGGCCGGAAAGGAUUGUGCAUCUCUUUUCUCGGCUUGUCACGACUCGGGAGAGGCAGAUAAUACUUGCAAUAGCUAUGCAGCUCAAUGCAAGGACAAAUGCAGCACAAUUUAUGCCACGGCCCUCACUAGUGGAUCUCCAGACUCAUCGGCAGCCAGCACGCAAUACAACAACUGUCUCGAUUCUUUCAGUGUGUUCUCUACUAGAGAAUCUUCAUCGAAUCUCGAUUGUGUAUCUCAAUUCUCGGCCUGCAGAGCCAAUGGCACCGCCGAUAACACAUGUAAUUCUUACACAGCACAGUGUAAAGACAAGUGCAGUGCGAUUUAUGGGAUCUGCCUUAGCAGUGGAAGCGCCGAUGACUCGUUGUGCAUGAAUCAGUAUAACAACUGCUUAGACUCCUUCACUGCUUCAACUGCUCUAGAUUGUGUUAGCAGUUUCACAUCAUGCCGAAAUGAAGGCGGCGAAUCGAAUACAUGUGCUUCUGAAUCAGCAACUUGCAAGAACGACGCCAGCAUCAACUAUUCUACAUGUCUUUCUAGCGGUCAAGCUGAUGAAUCAGCAUGCUUGGAACAAUACGAUUCAGCUCUCGUCCAGUUCAACACUACCACCUUGUUGAGUAACACCGACUGUGUUUCUAGGUUCACCGAAUGUGAAAAUGACGGGAAUGAAGACAGUUUAUGUCAAAGCAAUAACGCCGAUUGCAAGACCGAUUGUUCCACAUCAUAUUCCACUUGUCUCAGUUCAGGUGACCCAGCUCUUUACGCUCCUUGCAUGGAACAAUACAAUACCUGUCUUGUGACUUUUACCUGGACAACCAACACUACCACUACUGGCCAGGAUUGUGUUUCCAAGUAUAUGUCAUCUACCGGAGAGGACAAUGCUCGCAAUGCUGAGGCAGCUCAAUGCAAAUCUGCGUGCUCCACAAGCUACUCAACCUGUCUGAGUUCCGGCGACGAAUCCCUCGAAGCGCCAUGUCUUAUGCAAUAUAACUCAUGCCUUGUCAACUUCAAUUCCGCCACUACGACCCCCGAUUGUGCUUCAAGUCUUCUUCUUUGCGACGAUGCUUCAAACACCUGCGCUGCCGAUGCAGCCAGCUGCAAAAACACGUGCUCCGUGGCUCUCGAUAUCUGUCAAAGUUCUGGAGAUUCCGCCCUUACCGCAGGUUGUCAAAAACAAUAUCAGUCUUGCCUUGUUUCUUUCACUGCUGCUACUGCUGCUAUUGGAGAGGAUUGUGUAGCUUCUUUUACUGAAUGUAGAAAUGAUGGAGGGGCUGACAAUACUUGUUCUUCGGAAAUGGCCAGUUGCAAAAACAAGUGCAGCUCCGUUUACGAUAUCACCGGUACUUCCGCUGACAACUCAACCAUUACUGCAUCCCAAGCUCUUCGACUCUACGAUUCUUGUCUCGUAUCUUUCUCCUCCAACGAAACCACUUCUGCCGGCCAAGAUUGCUCUUCCAAAUACUACGCCUGCUCACUAGCUGGCCUCGAAGCUCCAAACGUCUGCAACUCCGACUAUGCAACCUGUAAAAACGACUGCGCAGUCAUUCUCGAUACGUGCCGCAGUUCCGGAGACGAAUCUCUCGUGAGUAUGUGUGAUAGUUUGUACAACGGCUGCUUGGAUCCUGCUACGAGUAGCAAUAUUACCACGAAUGCAACCGUCGCGAUUAAUGCUACAGCAACUUAUGUCUUGCCUACCAAAUCCGCUUUCUUCAAUUUGACCGGCGCAUACUCAACAAUUGUCAGUAAAGCGAGUACUGCGACUGCUAGUGCGUUUGUUAGUGGGGUUCCAACGAGUGCGACAAAUGGUACUGGAUAUUACACCCAAACUACUUCCUUUUCAAAAACAGCUGUUACGACGACAAGUAGUGUAGUUACUUCUGGAUCGGCUCUUCCUUCUGCUAUCGAAUCGGCUGUUUAUUCAAAUGGCACAUCUGGCAAUGAGGCAUCUGAGACUAUCUCAAGUAUUCCAUCAACAUCCACUGCGACGAUCUCUACCGGUAUCAGUUCAGGAAAUUCUCUGCCAACGGUUACUCUUUCCGCCAGCUAUGCAUUGAGCAAUGCCACCUCCACAUCAAACAGCGUUGUUUUUGUGAGCACUACUUCCGAGUCUGCCAUCACGAUCGAGACUGGGAAAUCAAGUGCGGUAGACAGAGCGGUUGAAGGGAACACUAGCGAUGAAGGUGCUGAUGAUGAUGCAUGCGAGACCUAAAUCUAUAGAUUGAUGCUCACUAUGGCAUAUGUAAUAUUUUAUGAGGGCUAUGAAAUGAAGGAUAUGGUGAAAUUAUGUAUUCA